AUGGAAGGACGAAGGAGUGGUCAAGGCUGUGGUCGAGGGACUAGACAGGCCCAAUCUCAUGGGAAUGACCAGGGAUCGGCAACUGGACCGACCCAUGAACAAGAAAAUGUAGAGGGAAAUCAAGUGACUACUGUUAUUAAUAGGAUGACUGAUAUCCUUGAACGUUUAGCUGAAAGACAGGGUCCUGGACCGCUUAGCCAAACUAGGGGACAGGAUAGAGGGGAGGAUAGAGCCUUGGAGAGGUUCCUGAAAUUUAACCCGCCUAAAUUCAUUGGUGAACCCGAUUUUGAGAUAAGGCGGUUUGUACAAGGGUUUAAUGUGAAAAUCCAUGAGGGUUUGGUCGCAGCCCAAAUCUCUACAUUUACUGAAACUUUAGAGAAAGCGCAACGGGUUGAAAGUGCGAGAAUGCAAGUUAAGGACUUUCAUAAUAGGAAGAAGAACUUUUCUAGUCGUACUUCUGGACAGACUAGCAAGAGUUCACAGCCUUCCAAAAUUGGGAGAGGAAUGGGAGGAAUAAUGAUUGCUGGAGUUUCUAGGGGAGUUUUAUCCAGGGGAGGUCAUAGUGGGCAGGUUCAAGUUAGGGGAGCGCCUUCUAGCGGCUCGGCAGUGACCCCUCAAAUCUCUUGUGGGUACUGUGAAGUACCAUCCAGACCCUUCUCAUAUUUUGCAAUCAGAAAGUAUCAAAUUGAUGAAGCGCUGACCUAUGAGGAGAAACCAGUGAAACUUCGAGAUAGUAAGGUGAAAGAACUAAGGAACAAGCGGAUUCCUUUGGUGAAAGUUCUUUGGAGGAACUAUGAGUUAGAGGAAGCGACUUGGGAAGUUGAAUAA